GACAAGAGACAAAAGAAGCUUAAGCCUUUAAAGCUUCCUUCCUCUCUCUUGGAGUCCCAAAAACUAAAUUACGAGGAAAGAAAGGAAGUUGUUUCAGGCGGGGUUAUUCCUUUCGAUGCGUUAUUAUAUGUAGGCCUAUCACAUUGCACUUGAAACGCAACUAACAUAAGCCUUAUCACCUCUUUCUUGCCUCAAAGCUAGAGUUCUUCAUCUGCAUUUUGUUUUCUGUAGCCACAAUGAAUAGCAUUGGCAAGUUGGGUGCUAUGCAACAACUUAUAAAAGGUGGAAGAAUGCUGCCUGCAGCUGCAAUAUCUGAUGACAGCGUUUUGGUGAAGAAAAUAGUGGCAGAGCAUAACCCUGAGGGGAUUGAAUAUGAUGUCAGGCCCCUUCUCCAAAUAGUUGAGGAUGUUCUAAUACGUUCCACCUUGAGUUCUGAAGGUGCUACAACGGGUGCCCUUGGUCGUGUUGAUCAUGUGGAAGACAGAAGCUACCAUCCUGGCCAAACAAUAGAGGCUCUAUCUGCUAAGAUUGAUAGGAUUUCCUGUGAGAUUUCCUGCAAGACUCUCGGUGGUGAUGCACACUCCACAACAGUUGGAAUAUUUGACAUGCUUACAAUCUUCAAGUGGGAUGUGAAAAUAGUGCUGACCUUAGCUGCUUUUGCUCUAACGUAUGGUGAAUUUUGGCUGCUGGCCCAAAUUCAUGAUAAGAACCAGCUAGCCAAAUCAAUGGCAAUUCUGAAGCAACUACCUAGUAUCAUGGAGCAUGCAAGCUCUCUAAAACCACGGUUUGAUACUCUUAAUGAUCUAGUUAGAAUCAUAGUUGAGGUGACCAAGUGUGUCAUAGACUUCCAUGAUCUGCCAUCUCAAUAUAUUACGCAAGACAUAACAGCCUACACCACUGCCUACAACUAUAUCCCAGUUGCUUCGUACUGGACCAUCAGAAGUAUUGUGGCUUGCGCAGCUCAAAUUACCAGCCUCACUACCCUUGGCUAUGAGAUAUUCACAUCCACUGAUGCUUGGGAGCUAUCUACUUUGAUUUUCAAGCUCAAAAACAUAAUUCACCAUCUCAGGCAGCUGCUAAAUAGUUGCCACGAACAUAUUGGGAAAAAGAUGGAUACUGAAGCUUACCAAAUGCUGCGAGAUUUGUUUUCAAAACCCCACACUGACAACAUGAAGGUUCUCAAAGCUCUCAUUUAUGCACAGGAUGAUAUUCUACCUCUAUAUGACGGUGUUACCAAGAAAAGGGUUAGCCUUGAGCCAUUGAGAAGGAAGAAUGUGCUGCUUCUAUUUUCAGGCAUGGAGAUCUCCACCGAUGAGCUUCUGAUUCUUGAACAGAUCUACAACGAAUCGAAGGCUCAUGCACCGAGAAUGGAGAGUAGAUAUGAAUUGGUUUGGAUCCCAAUUGUGGAUCCAAACUCGGAAUGGACAGAACCAAAGAAAAAACAGUUUGAGAGUCUGCAAGAAAACAUGUCAUGGUACUCAGUGUAUCAUCCAUCUUUGAUAGGCAAGCCAGUCAUCUGGUUCAUCCAGAGCGAAUGGAAGUACAAGAAUAAGCCAAUUCUUGUGGUUUUGGAUCCACAAGGGAGAGUUUCUUGCCCCAAUGCUAUUCACAUGAUGUGGAUUUGGGGAAGUGCUGCCUACCCUUUCACAAGUUCUAGAGAAGAAGCUCUAUGGAAGGAAGAGACCUGGAGACUUGAAUUGCUAGUAGAUGGCAUUGAUCAAGAAAUUUUGAACUGGAUUAAGGAUGGAAAAUACAUUUUCUUGUUUGGGGGGGAUGAUCCUGAAUGGGUAAGAAGAUUUGUGAAGGAAGCCCGCAGGGUUGCAAUGGCUACACAAAUACCCUUAGAGAUGGUAUAUGUUGGGAAAAGCAAUAAAAGGGAGCAAGUGCAGAAAAUCAUCGACACAAUAAUUCGUGAUAAACUGAACACUCAAUAUUGGUCAGAGCAGAGCAUGAUAUGGUUCUUCUGGACCCGUCUUCAGAGUAUGCUGUUCUCCAAGCUUCAACUGAAGCAGACCGAUGACGACGACCAUGUGAUGCAGGAAAUCAAGAAGCUUCUGAGCUAUGACAAACAGGGAGGAUGGUUUGUUCUGGCAAGAGGGUCUCACGUUGUGGUAAAUGGGCAUGCCACAACCGGGUUCCGAACCCUGGUGGAGUUUGAUUCCGUGUGGAAAGAUGAUGCUGACAGGGAAGGGUUUGAACCAGCUUUUAAGAAUCACUAUGACAAAGUUCAUUCCGUUGUUAGUCCUUGCUGCAGAUUUGAAUUCUCUCAUGCAAUGGGGAGAAUCCCAGAGAGGCUCACGUGCCCUGAGUGUCGCCGCAACAUGCACGUGCUCACCACCUUCCAGUGCUGCCAUGAUGAAAAAAUUGACGAGGACUUUUUUGUCAGCACCGUAACUCCUCCCACCAAUUGAUCAAUCAUUCUUCACUCACUAUUGCUGCUUGUGUUUCUCUCAAAUUUCAACCACAGCCUUGUGUCUUUACUACAUGUGUUUGUUCUUUUUAUCACAUAUUAAUGUAAUAAAGUGUACGGUGAGGUUUGGUCUCCCCACUGUGUGAUGAGAAAUUAUUAUGACUUUUGUCCCAAGUUUGGAUGAUCAAUAAUAAAGUUACAAUUUCAUUUA